GCUCCGCCGUCCGAUAUGCUGCGCUGUCGCGAGAAACUGUAGUGUCAUUCGGUGUCUCGGCUGCGAUCGUAUUCGGUACAGUUUAAUCAAACGAAUCGACGAUGGAUCUGUUGACCAUCGUCCCAGAAACCGGGAAGGGACGUUUGCCCGAUUACGAGGUGCAGGGAGCGAGAAAAGUGACCUUCAGCCCGUACUCCGACAACGGAGGGAGCGUGGUGGCUCUCGCCGGGGAUGACUUCUGCGUCAUAGCCGCGGACACGCGUCUCAGCACCGGCUUCUCGAUCUACACCCGCGAACAGGAUAAAUUGUUCUCCCUGUCGGACACGACUAUCCUGGGCUGCUCCGGCUGCUGGUGCGACACCUUGACUCUGACUCGGGUCCUGUCCGCUCGCAUGCAGAUGUACAAACAUGAGCAUCAAAAGGAAAUGUCGACUCCGGCGGCGGCGCAGAUGCUGUCGAUAAUGCUGUAUCACAAAAGGUUCUUUCCUUAUUACGUCAGUAACAUACUUGCUGGAUUAGACGAGGACGGGAAGGGCUGUAUAUAUAGUUACGACCCAAUUGGACAUUGCGAGAAAACUACGUACAGAGCCGGCGGUUCAGCCGGCGCGCUUUUGCAACCGCUCCUCGAUAAUCAGAUCGGCUACAAGAACCAGGAAGGCAUCACUCCUGCGCCGCUGACUCUAGAAAAGGCUAUCGCGGUCUUGAAAGACGUUUUCACCUCUGCGGCAGAGAGAGAUAUAUACACGGGUGAUGGAAUAACUAUCAAAAUCAUUACCAAGGACGGAAUAAAGGACUCCAGUUUCGCUCUGAGAAAGGAUUAGUGGGGAAAGAGGACAUUUAUAUCUGCGCAAAUAAAGUUACUUGAGUAUUUCGAUGCUCUGUUAUUAAAAUUCUUUCUCUUUCAAGCGUUAUUCGAAGGAGACAAUACACCAUGGAACAUGGGAGAAUCCAGUCAAUUUUUUUUUUCAAGAUUUUGAGCGCACAGAUUGAAAUUGUACGCAGAUUAAAUAAUGCGCAAAAGAUACGAAAGUUAAAAAUAUACAAGUACACGUAAGUGAUA